AAAAUAAAUUUAUGUCAUCAGUAUUUGCAGCAGGACACAGAAACUUAAUGAGCAGUCACAACCAGAGACCAAUGACUGCUCAAGGGACGUAUUACGUGACGAAUUACCCCCUGCCCAAAAAUGCACUGCCUCCUAAAAGUCCAAUGUUCACGUUCCCUAAGGAUAAGAGUCAGAACUUUCUGGAAGUUGCUCAGCGGAAUGGGAAGAAAGCUCCGGGCCCAGGUGAUUAUGAAGUCAAAUCGUGAUUUGACACUCCAAUCAAGACAACUGUUAAAGCUUCUUUUGGAAGCACUACUAAGAAGAAGAACUUCUUAGAUGACCUUAUUAGAGUGGAGAAACGUACACCAGGUCCAGGCACGUUCAAUCCUAAAAAGAAAUGGAAGAUUGUAGGAGGAAUGGACGGCAAAGGCUACCGUGGCUCAUUUCUUGAUGAGUGUGAAGUCUCAGGUAAAGAAAAACCAGGUGUAGGACGGUAUAAGCCAAACUAUGAAUCCCAAAGGCCUCAUCUUGCAAUUCCUGUUUAUAGAAAGAGGAAGAGUAUGAUCCCAAAAGGGACUUAUGAAGCAGCAAGCAGUUUCAAAAAGUUAGAGAAAAACUGCAGUGCUACAAUUUCUAAAUCAAGAAUCAAGAGUUUUAAUGAACAAGCUGCUUCUUCAAAGAAACAUGUUCCUGGAAGUGGAUACUACAAUAUUGAAAAGUGAUAUAGCCAUAUCUCCAGACCGAUGAAGAGAGGCAGAAGAUAGACUAAGAAGUAUUCAAUAAGAUAAUUUUCAUCA